GUGCCCGAGGGAGAGGCGGAAGUGAGGGACUGUCAUGGCAACCGCGGCCGCGUCGUGGUGCCCGGGAGUCCCGCGGAGCCGCAGCCCGUGAGGGGCCGCCCGGGACUGCUGGAGCCUGUCGGUGCGGGCCGGGUUCGCUCGGUGUCCCUGAGGGGCUGCUGGAUCCUCUCGGUGCGGGCCGGGUUCGCUCGGAGCCCCUGAGGGGCUGCUGGAUCAUCUCGGUUUUAUGCUUCCUGUUCAUUGAGAACAGCACGGGCCGAGUCGGGAGAGGAGACCAGAAAGCCAAGUGGUGAUUUUUGGUGAAGGCACAUGUCACUAUGAAGGCUCUGUAUGGUCAGCAGAAUUCUCCUGGAGAGGAAAUGACAUUUGUGUUCCAGGAAAGAGAGAACCUUCCUGCCACCAGUGACCACGAGGUGAAGGUGCAGGUCAGAGCCUGUGCUCUCAGCUGGGUGGACACAAAGCUCCUGUCAGAAAUUAAACUGAAGAAGGAACUGGUGCCUGUUGGGCGAGAAAUUUCAGGAGUUGUGCUGGAAGUUGGAAGCAAGGUGACCUUUUUCCAGCCAGAUGAUGAAGUGGUGGGAAUUUUGCCCCUGGAUUCUGAGGAAUCUGGUGUCUGUGAAGUUAUCCUGGUUCAUGAACAUUAUUUGGUUCACAAGCCAGACAAGGUGUGCUGGGUGGAGGCCGCCGGGACGCUGCGGGACGGGCUCCGUGCAUACACAGCCCUGCACUACCUGGCCCAGGUGUGCCCUGGCAGGAGUGUCCUGGUCCUGGAUGGAGCAAGUCCCUUUGGUACCAUUGCCAUUCAGCUGGCUCAGCACAGAGGGGCCAAAGUCAUCUCCACUGCCCACAGCCUGGAGGACAAGCAGUACCUGGAGAGGCUCAGACCUGCUGGGGGAGCCCGGCAGCCUUUGGUGGCCCGGGUGAUCGAUGUGUCCCACGGGAAGAUUGACGUGGCCGAGAGCUGCCUGGAGGAGACGGCGGGGCUGGGCGUGGACAUCGUGCUGGAUGCUGGAGUGAGGUUAUUCAGUGCUGAAGAUGAACCAGCUCCCAAGUCUCAGCUGCUGCCUCACAAGCACGACAUCAUCACUCUGCUGGGGGUUGGGGGACACUGGAUCACCACGGAAAAGAACCUGCAGCUGGAUCCUCCAGACAGCCAUUCCUUGUUCCUCAAGGGAGCCACAGUGUCCUUCCUGAACGAUGAGGUCUGGAACUUGUCCAAUGUGCAGCAGGGGAAGUACCUCGCCAUCCUGGAAGAUAUCAUGGAGAAAUUAUCAAAUAGCAUUUUCAGGCCUCAGCUAGAUGAACCAAUCCCAUUGUAUGAAGCCAAAGUUUCUAUGGAAAUAGUUCAGAAGAAUCAAGCAAGAAAGAGACAAGUCAUCCAGUUCUGACACACAACUUCUGAUUUCUCAGCCUGGGGAAGAUAAAGAGAUGUAUUUGUGGAGUAAAUCAGUGUACACUUGCAGGCAGUAAAACAGUAUUCAAACAUUCUUUGUACCUCAGCACAAAUGGUCUCUGAAGCUUCCAUGACUUCAGGAUUUUUUGAUUCCCUUGAGCAGAAUGUUCCCAUCAGCAGCUUCUAAAGAAGAAGCCUUGACAAAAAAAUCUUGUCUGCCCUUCUGCACUUACAAAUGUCAGAAACAUCUACAGGCAAACUCAGUCACUGUUGGUUUUCAACCUUAUGAAAUUAAACAGGGAAAAAAAAGAUA